GAGUGCGGACGGGGCGCGCCCACAGGUCCGCCCAGCUCCCUUUCUCGGAAUGGCCGGCCCCGCCCCGCUCUCCAGCCCGGCGACUGCUGCCCGCGGAACCCGUGCCUACUAGAGCCGAGCCUCUGCUGGACGGAAGAGGGCCGGCGAGAACCAGCAGGACGCCUCGGCGCGCUUUCCAGUCCGCGUGAGCCGCAGCGGCCAGAGGGAAAUCCUUGGAGCCGGGGUCAGGAGCCUGUUGAGGAAGCAUCCUGCCUUGUGACCGGAGCUCCGUGGUCAGAGCGGCGUAAAUGGCUCCCCUCCCUGCCGGCAUCCGCUUCAUCAUCUCCUUCUCCCGGGACCAGUGGUACAGAGCCUUCAUUUUUGUUUUGACAUUUUUGCUGUAUGCCAGUUUCCACUUAUCCCGAAAGCCUAUCAGCAUAGUGAAGGGUGAGCUCCACAGGUACUGUGCCGCACUGAACGAGGGGGACGUCGGAUUCAGCAGCCAGAGCCAGAGGGCCAGUGACACCCCCCGCCAGCAGCCACCAGACAACGAGACUGACUGCAGCUGGGCCCCGUUCGACCAGGACAACUACCAGCAGCUGCUCGGGGCCCUGGACUACUCGUUCCUGUGCGCCUACGCCAUCGGCAUGUACCUGAGUGGCAUAAUAGGGGAACGCCUGCCCAUUCGGUAUUACCUAACUUUUGGGAUGCUGGCCAGUGGUGCUUUUACCGCCCUGUUUGGAUUAGGGUAUUUCUACAAUAUCCACAGUUUCGGCUUCUACGUGGUAACUCAGAUCAUCAACGGACUGGUGCAGACCACUGGCUGGCCCAGCGUCGUCACCUGCCUUGGCAACUGGUUCGGAAAAGGAAGGCGAGGUUUGAUUAUGGGGGUCUGGAACUCCCACACGUCCGUGGGCAACAUUUUGGGGUCCUUGAUUGCCGGCUACUGGGUGUCCACGUGCUGGGGCCUGUCCUUCGUCGUGCCCGGGGCCAUUGUGGCAGCGAUGGGGAUCGUGUGCUUUCUCUUUCUCAUCGAACAUCCCAAGGACAUCGCCUGCUCUUCCUCCCUGGUGGCGCAUUCGAGGGGCCACGAGAACGGCGCACACAGAUUCAGGCUGCAGAAGCAAGUCUUCGCGGACGACGAGAACAAGCCCCUGGACCCCGAGAUCCAGUGCCUACUGCUGUCAGACGGAAAGCACCCGGUCCAUCAGAGCCACGUCGUCGUCCUCCCGGCCGACGGCGGGGGCGGCAUGGCCGCCAUCAGCUUCACAGGGGCCUUGAGAAUCCCCGGUGUGAUCGAGUUCUCUCUGUGUUUGCUGUUUGCAAAGCUGGUCAGCUACACCUUCCUGUUUUGGCUCCCGCUCUACAUCACCAGCGUGGAUCACCUUGAUGCCAGACAAGCCGGGGAGCUCUCCACCCUGUUUGACGUGGGUGGGAUCUUCGGUGGGAUCCUGGCGGGCGUGAUCUCAGAUCGACUGGAGAAGCGGGCCUCCACCUGUGGCCUGAUGCUUCUGCUUGCGGCCCCCACGCUCUACAUGUUCUCCACCAUCAGCAGAAUGGGCCUAGAAGCCACGAUAGCCAUGCUGCUGCUCAGCGGGGCCCUGGUCAGCGGGCCGUACGCCCUGAUCACGACCGCCGUGUCCGCCGACCUGGGCACGCACAAAAGUCUCAAAGGAAACUCCCACGCCCUCGCCACCGUGACCGCCAUCAUUGACGGGACCGGGUCUGUAGGAGCCGCCCUGGGCCCCCUGCUGGCUGGGCUCCUCUCCCCGUCUGGAUGGAACAACGUGUUCUACAUGUUGAUGGUUGCAGACGCCUGUGCCUUACUGUUACUGAUUCGUCUCAUUCACAAGGAGCUGAGCUGCCCGGGGUCAGCGGCCGGGGACCAGGUUCUGUUCAAGGAACACUGACCGCCGAGUCCCCUGGAGGGAGGCGGGCCCGUCCUUCACCAACGGUCUGUCAAGGGAAAGUUCAAAUAAAGGAUCCUGUGUUGGAAAGAAUGAUUGACCCUUGCCUUUUGCACACACACCUGGAAAAGACACAAAAGCCGCCUUGAGAAGUCCAGCUGCCGUUUCAGGCGAGCCGUGGGGCUCAGCACCGCGGACAGGAGGCGCGUGGGAAGUGCCCUCACCACGGCGGAGCCGGGGGACACGUGGCUGGGCGGGCGGGUCCCCGGCGGGUGGCACUCAGGUCAGCCCGAGUCUCGGGCGCUCCAGCCUAGGACUUUAGAACGGGCGCGUGUCGCGCCGGCAGGGACCUUGAUGUCACCUGAACGGGCCGUGUCGGGAACCCGAUGCCGCAGCGGGCGCGAGAACGCAGCCAGCACGGAGCCCAGACUCUGGGAGGACAGAAGAAACCUGAUGCCGGGUCAGAAACCAGACCUCAGGGCCCUCAGGUCUCCCACAAGACUUGCCGCCACCGCCCCCUGCUCCUCACCGGCCUGGAGAAUUGUCCACGAGUGAGCAGCCGCGAGGCCAUCGGCCUGCCCGUCGAGGGCCCUGGGAACACCAGGCCCGAACCCCUGGAUGAGUCUGCCAGCUGAGCGCCAGGGUGGCCACUGCUGCUGGUCCCUGCGGGGCUCGGGGAGGACGUGGCCGGGGUGGGCGGGCCUGGUGCAGUGAGUCACCGCGACACGCCAGGCGCCUGGAACUGUCUCUAGCCCCGCGGCACCAGCGUGGGGUUAUUUAAGAUGUGCUGUGUGUUCUAGAAAUCCAAGAAAAUAAAUGGCAUUUUGUUAUUUAUUAAGACGAACUCUGAUUGUUUUUGGCCAUUUGUCUUCCCAGUUGUUGCCUAGCAGAAUACUUGUCUGCUCUUUGAAAUAAAAUGGUUUUUUAAAGCUUA